GCCAGUCGACAUUGGCUUGGCAUCUGCUCACGGCCGUGGUCGGCUCGCCUGGGCAGCUGUCUUUGCGCCCAUAAAGAGGGGAGACAUAUGCAGUACCUCUCACUCUACCCCUCUCGUCUCGUCUGCCCGCCGAUACCUGCCUCCUCACCGCCAUGCUCUUCCAGACUCUUGCCACCCUCGCUGCCGGCGCCUCGGUCGCUUCCGCUGUUGCCAUCGAGCCCCGUGCCUCCAUCAUGGACUUUGACGGCAAGGGAUCGCCUGUCAGCUUUGCUUUCCCCGCCUCGCGUGGCUUCAUUGCCUCGAAGGCCAAGGAGGCUCCUUGCGGUGGUGUCCCCGUUGGCAAGCGUACCCCCUUCCCUCUGAGCGGCGGUGACGUUGCCCUCUCGCAGAAGACCAACAUUGACAACCUCAACAUCCUCUACACCAAGGACUCGGACCCCACUCGCUUCCACGCCUUCUCGUCCUACACCCAGACCAUCACCAACAUUGGUGCCGGCCACUUCUGCACCAAGGGCCCCGACUUUGGCCAGAUGGGCUUCAAGGCGGGAGACGACGCCACCCUGCUUCUCAUCUACCAGCUGGACGGCGAGAAGGGCUACAACUACCACUGUGCCGAUGUGUCGCUUGUCGAGACGGCCGGCUUCAAGGCCCAGUCCGAGUACGUCUGCGGCAACUACACGUCGACCCUCAAUGUCGCCUCCUCGGACGACAGCAUGAAGCUCAACGCGUUCGAGGUCGGCACCCAGGGCACCAACCCCCACAAGGAUGACCCCAACAUCAACACCUCGUCCAACGUCAACGGUGGCUCGUCUUCGGGCGGCGCCUCGGCGUCGUCUUCUUCCACCAGCAAGGAUGGCCUCUCCGCUGCCGCUGGCGGUGGUAUCGGCGCCGGUGUCACUCUUGCCGCCGUUGCCGCUGUCCUCGCCGCCCUCUACGCUGUUGGCCGUGUUCACUUUGGCAAGCGCGACCCCCUUGCUCUUCGCAACACCCAGUCGCAGACUUCCUCCACUCAGGACCUCAAGGAGGUUCGUGUCUAGGCACGACCUCGGGGUGUGAGGCUCACUUAAUAAUCACGAAACGGAUCGAUCCAUAGACGUCCACCGGGCUCAAUAGCACCAGAAAUGAAUGAGAGAUGUCAGUCAAGA